AUGGAAACAAGGAAGUCGACUUCCAUUGCCGACACACCGGAGGCAGCAGGACAGGCUGCCAAGUUUAACGUUUCAGGUGUGAGAUCUCUUCGCUCACUGAGUGUCUUGAGUUGCGCCACAAAACUUGCGCGACUGGACAUGCGCUUUAGGUCAGCCGGCGAUAAAACUGACACCGUGCAAUUGUACAAGUGGCGCGACCAAGGUUUGACGGCAGAGUGGAUACACCGUGUAGUUCGACAGGAAGGCGAGCUUUUGUGGCCAGUUCAAAGGGCCAUGAAGCUCGUACAUUGCCUCACGGAGGGGUCGCCCCGUUUGAGAGCAAUUUUCCGUCUGGUCCAAAACCACGGAGUAUUGGAAGCUGCUGAUACAGCUCAGUAUCGCCACCAUCAAAAGGCUUUAAUCGUCGAAUGCUGCCCCCUUAAUGCCUGGUGUCUCGAGGUGGUUUUGAACGCUGCGUUGAUUGGCACCCGAGCCAUGCACGCUAAACUGCACGAUCAGGAGCGGCGCAGUCUGAUUGACAACUUCAACAACCCAAAUAGCAGCCUGAAAGUCAUGAUCAUCACGUACGACAUAGGCUCAGUGGGGCUGUCGUGCUAUGCAAAGCCGAAACAGUUCGAGAACGAAGAGGGCAAGCUCAAGUUUUACGACAAUUACAAUGUUGAAGACCGCGAUUCGACUAGUCCAGAUAGCCGCAUUUGA